GUAACACGUCACUCUUCGGAGCUACAGGAACCGGGCCGGGGCGAAGCCUUCUCGACGGUCUGAUCUUCAUUUUUCAAUGCGGCUGUGAUCGCUGGUCUUAUCUAUUAUUUUUUACGGUUUGGAUUAAAAGUCUCGUCUAGAAAGAAGUUCUGACUGUAAUGGCGACCUACCAAGAGUUCAUCCAACAGAACGAAGAUCGUGAUGGGAUACGAUGCAGUUGGAACCUCUGGCCUUCCAGCCGCCUGGAGGCCACACGGCUAGUGGUUCCUGUUUCCUGCCUCUACACACCUCUCAAAGAAAGACCAGAUCUGCCUCCGGUCCAGUACGAACCGGUACUGUGUAGCCGGGCCAGCUGCAAAGCCGUACUCAACCCACUCUGUCAAGUGGACUUCAGAGCAAAGAUAUGGGCCUGCAACUUUUGUUUCCAGAGGAACUCUUUUCCUCCAUCAUAUGCUGGCAUUUCAGAAGUGAAUCAGCCAGCAGAACUAAUGCCUCAGUUCUCCACCAUUGAGUACAUAGUGCAGCGUGGUCCUCCAACCCCUCUCAUCUUCCUGUACGUGGUGGACACAUGUUUGGAAGAAGAAGACCUCCAGGCCCUGAAAGAGUCUCUGCAGAUGUCCCUUAGCCUCCUGCCGCCCAACGCCAUGGUGGGUCUCAUCACCUUCGGCCGCAUGGUUCAGGUCCAUGAGCUCAGCUGCGAAGGCAUCGCCAAGAGCUACGUCUUCCGCGGUACAAAAGAGCUCACGCCAAAACAGAUACAGGAGAUGCUGGGCCUGAUGAAUCCAGCCACCUCUGGACAACAAGGGAAACCACUAGCCCCACAUGACGCUGCAGCUUCCUGCAAAUUUCUGCAGCCUGUGCACAAAGUGGAUAUGAACCUAACAGACCUGCUCGGGGAGCUGCAGAGAGACCCCUGGCCUGUUCCCCAAGGAAAGAGACCUCUCCGCUCCACAGGCAUCGCCCUCUCCAUUGCUGUUGGACUGCUGGAGGGUACAUUUCCAAAUACUGGAGCUCGUGUGAUGCUGUUUACCGGUGGCCCCCCAACACAGGGGCCUGGCAUGGUGGUGGGAGAUGAAUUGAAGACUCCCAUUCGCUCCUGGCACGACAUCCAGAAAGACAAUGCCCGGCAUCUGAAGAAGGCCACCAAGUAUUACGAGGCUCUGGCAAAUCGUGCCGCAGUUAACGGACAUGCCGUUGACAUCUACGCCUGUGCCCUGGAUCAAACGGGACUACUGGAGAUGAAAUGUCUGUCCAACCUCACAGGUGGACACAUUGUCAUGGGCGAUUCCUUCAACACAUCUCUGUUCAAGCAGACCUUCCAAAGAGUCUUCAGCAAAGACUACAACGGAGAGUUCCGCAUGGCUUUUGGCGGCACUUUAGAAGUGAAGACAUCAAGGGAGCUGAAGGUCUCUGGUGCAAUCGGCCCAUGUGUUUCGCUCAACACCAAAGGAUCAUGUGUUUCAGAAAAUGAAAUGGGCGUCGGAGGAACAUGCCAAUGGAAGAUUUGUAGUCUUACGCCUUCCACCACCCUGGCCAUGUACUUUGAAGUAGUUAAUCAGCACAACGCCCCGAUCCCUCAGGGUGGAAGAGGAGCUGUUCAGUUUGUAACUCAGUACCAACACUCGAACACACAGCGACGGAUCCGUGUCACCACCAUCGCCAGAAAUUGGGCUGACGCACAGUCCCAGAUCCAACAUAUUGAGUCAUCAUUCGAUCAGGAAGCCUCUGCCGUUCUCAUGGCCCGGCUUGGCGUAUUCAGGGCAGAGUCAGAGGAGGGGCCUGACGUCCUCCGCUGGCUGGACAGGCAGCUCAUUCGAUUGUGUCAGAAAUUUGGACAGUUCAACAAAGAUGAUCCAAACUCCUUCAGACUAUCUGAAUCGCUCUCACUCUACCCACAGUUUAUGUUCCACUUGAGAAGAUCACCGUUCUUGCAGGUGUUCAAUAACAGUCCGGAUGAAUCGUCCUACUACAGACAUCAUUUUGUGAGACAGGAUCUGACACAGUCACUCAUCAUGGUACAACCCAUCCUCUACUCCUACUCUUUCUACGGACCACCAGAGCCUGUGCUUCUGGACAGCAGCAGCAUUCUUCCAGAUCGCAUUCUGUUGAUGGACACCUUCUUUCAGUUGGUAAUCUACCAUGGAGAGACCAUUGCGCAGUGGAGGAAAGCAGGUUAUCAGGAGAUGCCCGAAUAUGAGAACUUUAAGCAGCUGCUUCAAGCUCCUCUGGAUGAUGCUCAGGAGAUCCUGCAGACACGCUUUCCCAUGCCCAGAUACAUCGACACAGAGCAUGGAGGUUCUCAAGCCCGUUUCCUCCUCUCUAAAGUCAACCCAUCCCAGACCCACAAUAACCUCUAUGCCUGGGGCCAGGAAUCAGGAGCACCAAUCCUCACUGAUGAUGUCAGUCUGCAAGUUUUCAUGGACCAUCUCAAGAAACUGGCAGUUUCCAGCUCAGCCUAAAUUUUCUACCGUGUACGAAUGAAGGAUGUAAAUUUAGAGUGGAAAGAACAUUUGAUAUUCCAUUCUGGAAAAACGUAACAUUUCCAUACCCAACCCUGGCCUUGACACAACCAAAUGCAUCUCCAUGUUUCCAUCCUCCAGCUAAAGUUACUCGCAUAAGUAAUUAUGAUUGUUUAAUUUAAGUGUAUGUCUUUUAUUUUCUAUAUUUGGAUUUGUCUAUCAUGUUUGUUUGCUUAUUUAAUUAUAUUUGGUUUAGUUUUCAUCUAAAAGAAAGUAUUACUUUUCAUGUUAAACCAAUAAGCUUUUAACAAAAAUGUCUGAUUUUCCAAAGAGAGAAUGAUUUUUGAUCUCAUGUUGCUUAUGUAAUUCUUUUCCAGGCAUGUUUAGACUGAAAUUGCAAUUAAGGCUUGUUUGUGAAUGUCCUAUUUUUGUCUUUUGUUUUGUAUUACACAUACCAGCAGUCUUCUCUUACUCUCAUCAUAAACUGUUAACUAAUUUAAGUUGGUGGGAGAAAAAGUGUUUUUCAUUCCAGUUCCUCUGGAUUUGUAACUGGACAAAUGUUGUAUGUAAAGAAUAUGAAAGUAACUCACAUUCCAGUUGAUUUUUACUAUUAUGAACUAAUGCUAUGUAUAAUAUUUAUAGUGAGAAAUCUCUUUUAGGUUUAUUUCAUUUCAAAAGAUGAAGAUGAGCACAUGAGUGUGCAAACUGAUCUUAAUCUUAAAUAAAAUGUAACAAAUCGACAUGACAAAAGCAUCUGUACUUAUGAUGAAAUGGUGGUGUCAUCAGAAUUCCAAAAAGAAUUAUCUUUAAACUCAAUGCAUCUCAAUUAUUUCUAAGGACUCACAAUGUUUUAUAACUUUCUGUCUAUCUUUCUAUUGAUAGAUAACUUAGGAACAUAUGUUAGACAAUGACGAAGACAAACGUGCUGAAGAAACCUGUGUUUCUGAGUCUUUUCUUUGCUCAUAAAGGUCAAGAGUCAUGUGCACUCUAGUGGCCAUGAGCAGAACCCUUCUACAUAGGUGAGCCUGCAAGCUUAGCAUAAAAUAGCAUAACGCAGCGGUGCAAUACACAUUCUAUGGGCGGUACACUGGCGAGGAGACAAGUGGCCAUUCUUUUUGAAUGGAUGUCUGUGAAGGAGAUGCUAGAGAUCUGCAACCAGGGGGGUAUUUAGACCUUUAUUUUAUUUACUAAUUUGUUUACCUAUCUGAGCUUGAAAAGUGACUUUUUUUGUACUUUUCAUAUGAAUAUUUUCUCAUACUGAACCAAUUCUCAUAAAUUAUAUACCGUUUGAAAGCUCAAGAAUCAAACUGUGCUGUCCAUUAAAAUAAAAAUAUAUAUAUAUAUAUAUAUAUAUAUAUUUAUAUAAUAUAUAUAUAUAUAUAUAUAUAUAUAUAUAUAUAAAACACAUGAAAUUACAAGUAUAACUACUAGAAGGCUGCAGAGAGCUACUUAUUCAUCCCUGGUUGAAGAGAAGAUGAUUUCUAGAUUUUGUCACAAGUUCUGCAUAUUUGAACAUUAUCAAAGACUACUUUUGUCAAAGUUUAGCAUUUUGUUUGAUUUGUUUGAGGUUAUUUUUGUCAGUUUUUGCAUACCUGAAAUUAAUAGAAUAACAAGUAAUAACCUAAUUUAUCCCUGAUUGUAACAAGAUGAAUGUGUGUGUGUGUGUGUGUUUUCAACAUUGUAGAUGUGUUGUGGUGUUACCAAUUCAUUUUGGUGUGUGUUCUGCAUUGUGGCUAAUUUAUUUAUUUUGUUGAUGAAUUAAAUAUAUAUAUAUAUAUAUUUUUUUUAAAUCUUUUUUUAUAGUCUGACCAGUUCGGUUUUGUGUGUGUAUGUUUGUGUUUUGCACUCUUUAUGUUUGGUAGUCUCACCCUUUCAUGUCUGUGUGUUUUUCCUGCAUUGUGGCUGUUUUUCAGAUUUUAUAUAAUAAACAAUUUUAAAAAAUC